CAUAAUCCUUGGAGUAUGGAUCAUCUGGGAUAUAUCCGAAGUGGAAUGAGAAAUAGCACCAACAAGCCUGGUGGCCCCCAGAAGAAUGCCUAUGCCCGGCUGGUCCAGCAGCACCGCAGUGGCCGCUUCCGCUCCUAUUUGAAUCACGUUGCUCAGAAGAUGCAGUCUGAGGAGGUGGGCUUGACUGAUGCUGGUUCAGAUGCAGACUUGCCUUUGAAAAGGGGCAUGAUGCGAGAGGCUGUAACGAGAAAUGGCUUGAACACACAUGCUCCUUCGCCAAGUAAAGCUGCACCGUCGGAAAACCCCGAAUGUAUGGGCAGGGAGAUGCUUCCUGCUGAUGGUCCUGAAGCCUCCAGAAAAGCCCCAGCUUUGCCUUGUCCAGAAGUGCACCAGUUGGGCACGGGAGAGCUGGAAGAGACCUGUGGUACCUGUCCUGGAGAGGGUGGCUCAGAGGUGGAGAGCCUGAGCCGGGCUUUGAGCAGCUGUGGGUUAGUGCGAAGCCCAAGGCCAGGCCGUGCUAUCCAGAAGGCUGGAGCCUCUCAAGGGAAGGCCAUGCCCGAGAUGGGACAUAAACUACAGAAAAGCAAAUGUGCCGUGAAUGUGGAAGGGCUGAGGGAAGUCUCUGCGGCAGGGCAGCAGCCCCGCUCGGACUCACAUUUACUGAAUUCUGAGAAACCUGGGCCUCUUCCUUCUGAUCAGCUGCCAGGGAGUCGGGCUCGAAAGGCCUCUGAGCCAAGUAGCAGUACUCCUUCCAGCCUGGGGAAGAAGAGGCACCUCUUGGAGUCUGAAGCUAUGAGCCAUUUGGACUGCAAGAUCCACCCAAAGCAGCUGGGAACUCUGAAAGGUGUGUCCCAUGCAGUUGGCUGCUCUGGAGCUGGGUCGUUGCCAGGUGACAAAAAGAUGCCAAGCAAACACUCACAAGGGAAGAAAAGGAAUAUAUUUGAGGCCUACAUGUCUAAGGAGAGUGUCUCGGCUGGCUUGAAGAGAGGGACUCUUAUUCAGGGUGUGUUGAGGAUAAAUCCGAAGAAGUAUCAUGAGGCUUUUAUUCCUUCCCCGGAUGGGACCAGAGACAUCUUUAUUGAUGGAGUUGUUGCCCGGAACAGAGCUUUGAAUGGUGACGUGGUGGUCGUGGAACUGCUGCCCAGGGAUCGGUGGAAGGUAAUUAAGACAGAAGACGGUGAUAAAGGAGCUGAUGUUGUGCCUGAGUCUGAUGUCUCUGAGGAGCUGUUGGAGACUCCCCCCGCACAGCUUGGGAGGAGGCGUGCUGGUCACAGCCCUGAUGUCAUCCUGGAAGCUCAGCUGAAUGACAGCGAGACUGAGGAUGGGCAGGAGCAUGGGCCAGGCGUGCCGGCUGAUGGUGCCCGGGAGAAAGGAAAUGAGAACGCUGACGCACAGAGCGCACCCCCGGGAAACCUCCCCAAGCCUCCAGACCCGAGACUUUGCCCCGACAGUUUGCUGCAAAGAUCUGCCAAGGUGGUUUAUAUCCUGGAGAAGAAGCAUUCUCGGGCAGCCACUGGAUUCAUCAAGCUCCUGGCUGAUAAGAACAGUGAGCUGUUCAGGAAAUGUGCCUUGUUUUCACCCUCUGAUCACCGAGUCCCUAGAGUUUAUGUGCCCCUCACUGACUGCCCUGUGGACUUUGUGACGCGGCCCAAUGACUAUGCCCGAACACUCUUUGUCUGCAGGAUUGUGGCCUGGGAGGAGCACAGCCACUUUGCAGUGGGGCAUCUGGCUAAGAGCCUGGGCCAGGCUGGUGAGAUCGAACCCGAAACAGAGGGCAUCUUGAUGGAGUACGGGGUGGAUUUCUCUGAUUUCUCCCCAGAGGUUCUGGAAUGCCUCCCCCAGUGCCUGCCUUGGGCUAUCCCACCUGCAGAGUUCACCAAGAGAAGAGAUUUAAGGAAAGAUUGUGUCUUCACCAUCGACCCUUCCACAGCUCGAGAUCUGGAUGAUGCGCUCUCCUGCAAGCCCCUUCCUGAUGGGAACUUUGAAGUGGGAGUUCACAUCGCAGAUGUCAGUUACUUUGUUCCAGAAGGAUCUGCUCUGGAUGAAGUGGCCAGUGAGAGGGCCACAAGUGUCUACCUGGUGCAGAAGGUCGUCCCUAUGCUCCCCAGACUGCUUUGUGAGGAGCUGUGCAGCCUCAACCCCAUGACUGACAAGCUCACCUUCUCUGUCAUCUGGAAGCUGACCCCAGAAGGCAAGAUCCUUGAUGAGUGGUUUGGUAGGACCAUCAUCUGCUCCUGUACAAAACUGAGUUAUGAUCAUGCCCAAAGCAUGAUUGAACACCCUGACAGGAAAUUCCGGGAGGACGAGCUGCCCCCUAUGUCUGUAGGGCACCCCAUUGAGCAGAUCCACCAGGCCAUCUUGAAUCUUCAUGGGAUUGCCAAACAGCUGCGUCGGCAGCGCUUUGCGGAUGGAGCGCUUCGUCUGGAUCAGCUAAAGCUCGCUUUCACUCUGGACCAGGAUACCGGAAUGCCUCAAGGAUGUCACAUCUAUGAAUACAAGGACAGCAACAAGCUGGUGGAGGAAUUCAUGCUGUUGGCCAACAUGGCCGUGGCUCAUCAGAUCUACCGCUCAUUCCCUGAGCAGGCCCUCCUGCGCCGCCAUCCGCCGCCCCAGAGCAAGCUCCUGAGUGACCUCGAGGAACUCUGUGACCAACUGGGGCUAGCCAUUGACUUCAGCUCAGCAGGAGCCCUUCAUAAAAGUCUGACAGAGAUGUUCGGUGAUGACAUGUAUUCUUUGGCUUGGAAGGAAGUGCUUACCAACAUGUGCUCGAGGCCUAUGCAGAUGGCCGUGUACUUCUGCACGGGUGCUCUGCGGGAUGAAGCUCAGUUCCGACACUAUGCCCUCAACGUGCCCCUCUACACCCACUUCACCUCGCCCAUCCGCCGCUUUGCUGACGUCCUGGUGCACCGGCUUCUUGCAGCCUCGCUCGGUUCCAGAGAGCCUCUGAGCCUGGAUGCAGAUGCCCUCCAGAAACAGGCUGACCACUGCAAUGACCGACGGAUGGCCUCCAAACGGGUGCAGGAGCUCAGCACCAACCUCUUCUUUGCGGUCAUGGUUAGGGAGAGCGGCCCCCUGGAGUCAGAGGCCAUGGUGAUGGGAGUCCUGAACAAGGCCUUUGACGUGCUGGUGUUACGCUUUGGAGUGCAGAAGCGUGUCUACUGUAAUGCACUGCCACUACAGGAUUACCACUUUAGGAAGGUGGGCAAGAAACCAGAGCUAACCCUGGUCUGGGAGCCUGGGAACCCCCAGCAGAAGGCGGUGCACCAGGUGAUCUCCAUCUUCAGCCUGGUGGAGGUUAUUCUGGAGACUGAGGAUGAUACCCUCAAGUAUAGUGCUGUCCUCAAGAGGCCGGAGGCAGUGGCAGCAGCAAAGCGAGCGCCGGAGGAUGGGCCUGAGGAUCGAGAUGGAUGAGUGCCCAGCAUGGUGACCCAGCACUACCUCCCCUCUGCCCGGCCAACUCAGCUGAGCUGGACGGACGGGACCUCUCCAAGCCAGAGGGGAUUUUAAGUUUGUUUAAAGUUUAAGUCGAACAAUUUGGGAGUUUUGUUGGAGUUUAAUUUUAACAUGAACUGCAGGUGAAGAGAAGGGGGUGGGGACUGAACUGAGAUACUGGGAGAGUGGCAGGAGAGGAGGGGAUCAGGUGCCACCACACCUGCAGGGAAUGCCCCCUGCUCUUGGCCUCCCCCAGGUGAGACCCCUCUGUGGCAGUGCGGCUGCCUGGCCCAGCCGGCUUGGGGCUCUCUUGGUAAAUCCACAUCAUGGAAUAAAUUGAAUGAGAAGGGA